AUGGAUAAGUCUUGGAUGCAUGCUGAUAGAAGAUCACGCACAUAUGAGUUAGGUGUUGAGGAAUUCCUUAGGUUUGCUGUAGAGAAUGCUAGUGAUGUAAAUAAUAUCUGCUGUCCCUGUUUGAAAUGUGGGAGCAUAGAUGGGAUGUUCUCAGCCAGGGUCAUAAAAGAUCAUCUAUAUUUUAAUGGUGUAGAUGAGAGUUACAAAGAUUGGGUAUGGCAUGGGGAACCAUCUAGGGCAACAGUGAAUGCUAAUGAAGGGGAAUCUGAAGCUACUGUAGAUAUGGUAGAAGAUGGAGAUGCAGCAGAUAAUAUAGGGUUGGGAGAUCAGGAAGAAAAAUGGGCUAGUGAAGAUGAAGAGUUUUUUGAAAAUGGUGAGGAUGAGCAGUAUUCUGUAGAAUCGAAUGACUUCAUGAGGUUAGUUGAGGAUGGAGAUAAAGCUUUGUAUCCCGGUUGUACCAAGCACACAAAGUUAAAUGCACUUAUACAGACUUAUAACCUUAAAGCAAAACAUGGAAUGUCCGAUGUGUGCUAUUCUGACAUGUUGAUCAUGAUCGGAAUAUUUCUCCCUGAGGGUAAUGAGAUACCUGGUUCGCAUUAUGAGGCUAAGAAGACUUUGGCUACAUUAGGAAUGGACUAUAAAAAGAUCCAUGCAUGUCCUAAUGACUGUAUUUUGUACAGAGGACAGCAUGCUGAUGCGAGUAGUUGUCCUACAUGUGGGGAGUCUAGGUGGAAAUUAGGCAAAGAUAAUAUCGAGAAGCAAGGGGUACCCGGGAAGGUGUUGUGGUACUUUCCCCCAAUCCCACGUUUCAAACGCAUGUUUCAAUCGACAAAAACUUCCCAUAACCUAACUUGGCAUGCGAAUGAAAGGAGGAAGGAUGAGUUUAUGCGUCAUCCUGCAGAUGCCCCUACUUGGAAGUUAGUGAACCAAAAAUGGCCAGAAUUUGGUAAUGACCCUAGGAACCUUAGACUUGCACUUUCAUCUGAUGGUUUUAAUCCCCACAGCUCUUUGAGUAGUAGAUAUUCAUGCUGA